AUGUCGUCAUCGGUCCAUUACAAAUUUGCGGUGACGCUAGGCACAGCCGAUUUCAAUACCAUUCACUUCGAUGGCUCCUUCAUCAAAUGCUCAGAGCUCAAGGAGGCCAUUAUAGAGCAGAAGAAGAUAAAACUCACUAUCGCAGAGCUGCGCGUGACUAACACCCAGACCUCUGAAGACUACAAGGAUGACGACCUGAUUCCGAAGAACACGAACGUCGUCGCCAAGCGAGUCCCGCCCACCUUCAAUCAGCAGCCCGCCAUCCAAGCCGCUGCGCCCAAGAUCGUCGCCGCUGCUCCGCAGUAUCAGCAACCUACUGCUACGUCCAGCAGUCUCGUCCCCGAAACCGAGGAAGACAAGAUCAACGCCAUCAUCGCUGGCGCGGGGAGCUAUGUAGCGCCGGCCACGGGAGGGAUGCGAAGAGGAGGCGGAGGAGGCGUAGGUGGUGGCGGCAUGGGCGCUGGCGGACCAUCUCAGCAACAGCGAGUACCUCCACCAGGUCAGCCGGGACAUUUCAUCCAGCACUGCCCCACGAACGGCGAUCCACGAUACGACGUGCCGAAGGUGAAGAGGGCUCUUGGCAUCCCGCGAUCGUUCCUGCAAGAGAUCAAGGGCGGCAAGACCGAGGAUCUCAAGGACAUGAAGGGCGUCGUGCGUCUCGCCGACGGUACGCUGGCCAUGGUGCGACCCGACGAAGAGACUUUCAAGAAGGCCAUCGCCACCGUGGACAACCCUCUCGUCCGCGAGGAGACCCCCACCGAGCUUCAGUGCCCCAUCUGCGAGCUGCUUCUCGAAGACGCUGUUCUUGUUCCCUGUUGUGGCAACUCCUUCUGUUCGCAAUGUGUUCGAGCGGCGCUGUUGUCGAAUGGCCGGUGCCCGAGCUGCAAGGACGCGAGCGUGACCGUGGACAGCCUGUUCCCCAACAAGAACCUGCGCGAGGCCGUCAGCGCCUACAAGCGCAGCGUACGGGACGGCUCCUCCGCCAGCGCCGCCGCCGUCAGUUCUCCACCGCCGCCGCCCGCCAACCAACUGCCCUUCGAAGAGUUGGAAAAUGGUUCGAGACCGGCCUCAAAGCCGGCGACGCCCGGGCAGGCCGCGACCUCCACCACGGGAUCGCCGCCGCGGUCGCCGUCGGCCGCUGCGCCCGCCGCCGGAGGCGACGGAGCUGCGACCGACCAGCCGUCAGCGAACGGCGGGGACGCGGCGGCGGCGGCUCCUGGUACUGGCGCCCCGGGGCAGGACGACGGGCGGCGGCCGUACUACGACGCCGGCCAGCAGCCACCACGGGACGGCAUGGGUUACGUCGACAAGAGGCAGGCCGGCUGCUUCAAGUGCGGGGAGCCGGGCCACAUCGCGCGCGACUGUCCCUACGGGGCGGGCAUGUACGUGCCGGUCUACGGCGCCGACCCGCGCAGCAUGGCCUACGCCAUGUCGCCCUACGGCAUGAUGGACCCGCGCAUGGCCUACGCCGCCCAGUACUACGGCAUGGGCGGCGCGCCCUACGGCGGCAUGGGCGGCUACGGCGGCGGCCACCACAUGGGAGGCAGGGACGGCCGAUAUCACGACCAGCGCGGCGGCUACGACCCGCGCGGACGGCGAGACGACGACCGAGGCCGCUAUCGCGACACCCGGGAGCGGGAGCGCGGCCGCAGCCGCGACCGAGACAGGGAGCGCGAUCGCUACAGGGACGGCGAGAGGUACCGUGAGCGCGAGCGCGAUCGCGACCGAGAGCGAGAUCGGGAGAGGAGGCGCUCGUCGACGCGCGAACGCGACGAACACGAGAAGAAGCGAAAGCUCGGAGGCGACGAGGAGCCGGCGAACGGCGGCGUAGGCGCUGACGAUGGCGCGAAGCGCAGAAGCAGCAGCCGACACGGCUCCCGGGAGCGCACCAGAUCGCCGGCGGGCGAGGGCGAGGGUGAGGGGCAUCACGGCGAGAAGCGGAAGCACGAGGGCGACGAGCAGCUGCAGGAGGGAGUGCCGCGCGAGGCGGCCGACAGCGAGCUCCAGGCGCAGGGCGAGCCCGAGGCGAAGCGGCGGCGCGAGGGAGAGGUCGACGGUGAGGGCGCCGCCGCCGCCGACGACGACAGCGAGGCGAGGGAGAGGGAGCGAGAAAGAGCGAAGGAGAGGGAGCGCGAACGUGAACGCGAAAGAGAGAAGGAACGCGAACGCGAAAGGGAAAGAGAGAAGGAGCGCGAGGCGAGGCGCGAACGCGAGAGGGAGCGGGACAGGGAGCGCGAACGCGAGAGGGAGGCCAGGGACCGCGAGAAGCUGAAGGAGCGCGAGCGGGAGAAGGAACGCGAACGCGAAAGAGAACGCGAAAGAGAGAAGGAGCGCGAACGUGAAAAAGAGAAGGAGCGCGAACGCGAGAGGGAAAGAGAGAAGGAGCGCGAACGUGAACGCGAAAGAGAGAAGCAGAGGCAGCGCGAGCUCGAGUGGGAGCGCGAGUGGGAGAAGGAGAAGGAGCGCGAGAGGCAAGAGCGCGAGCGGCAGGAGAAAGAGAAGGAGAAAGAGCGAGAGAGGGAGAGGGAGAGGGAGCGAGAAGGGCGGAAGAGCAGCCGGAAGGACCACCGGAGCAAGGACGAGAAGGAGAAGGAGAAGAAGGAGAAGAAGGACAAGUCGUCAUCGUCUUCUUCAUCAGCGUCGUCGAAGGAGGAGCGGAAGCGGAAGCGCGAGGAGCGCGAGAAGGAGAGGCGCAGCAGCGGCGGCAGUGGCAGCAGCAGCAGCAAGAAGGAGAAGCGGGACAAGUCGAGCAAGUCGAGCCGGAAGGAGAAGAAGGACGGCGACAAGUCCAGCAAGCCUUCUUCUUCCUCCUCCCACUCGUCCCAUUCCUCGUCGUCUUCGUCGUCGCGCAAGGAGGGGCGACACUCUUCCUCUUCCUCAUCGUCGUCUUCAUCAUCCAAGAGGCACCGAAGCGACAAGGGCGACGCCACGCCGGCCGAGGCCCGCCGCUGA